CCUACCUACAAAUCUUGGAUCUUUCUUCUUGUCCAGAAUCGAAUCCCGUAAAGUUACCAUCUUUUUUUUUUUUUUGGCUUUUCCCAUAUUAGAACAAACAUCGCCCCUCCACAGAAUUACUACUCUUUCUAACCAAAAUGGAGCACAAGUAUAUGCUGGCAUUAAUCAUAGGGCUGUCUUUAUCAGGAGCUGCCGCAAUUCUUUUCCUGAUGAUCUACUGUUGCUGGAAGAAGACAGAACAAAAUGUCCCAAAAGAUUUAGAAGCCGGCUUUGAGUUUAAAGAAAGAGAGGCGGGAACGGAUAGAGAAGACUUGAUCAGGUUUCAGGGUGCUGAAGAUCUCAGUGUAUAUGAUAUCCUUGAAGCUCCAGGUGAAGUGAUAGGAAAAUCUAGUUAUGGGACUUUGUACAGGGCUAAUUUGCUGCGUACUAACUCACUUGCUCUGCUGAGAUUUCUGAGGCCUACUUGUACAUUGAGGAUGAAGGAAGUUGUGCCGAUUGUGCAAUUAUUGGGAUCUUUAAGGCAUCCAAAUUUGGUGCCCCUCUGUGCAUUUUAUGCAGGGUCCAGAGGAGAAAAGCUGCUGGUUCAUCCGUUUUACCAGUGGGGCACCUUGGCCCAACUUAUAAGAGAUGGAAACGGGGAAGCACACAGAUGGCCAAUCAUAUAUAGGUUAUCCCUGGGUAUUGCUAAUGGUUUAAAUUAUCUUCACAAUGAUUUGGAGAUGCCCAUAAUUCACGGAAAUAUAAAGUCAAAGAAUAUACUACUCGAUCGGCAUUGCCAACCAUAUCUCUCAGAUUUUGGCCUGCAUCUCCUUUUGAACCCAACCGCAGGGCAGCAAAUGCUUGAUGCUUCUGCUGCUGAGGGAUACAAAGCACCUGAGUUGAUAAAAAUGAAAGACGUUAACGAAGAGAGCGACGUUUACGGCUUUGGAGUCAUCUUGCUGGAACUACUAACAGGAAAGGAACCAAUUGAUGACAACCCCACCCCUGAUCAAGAUUUUCACCUGCCAAAUGCUAUUAGGACCGCAAUUCUAGAUGAUCAAAUUACUGAAUUGUACCAUCCAGACAUUAUUCUUAACGAAAGCAGUGACCAAAGGGUAGUUACCAAAGAUCGCAUCCUCGUACUGUUCCAACUGGCUAUGGCUUGUUGUUCUCCUUCACCUUCUCUUAGACCUGAUGUGAAGCAGAUACUCAGCAAGCUUGAAGAAAUAAGAAAAUGAGAAUCUUGGUUGAUUUCUUCUGAAAUAUUGACCGUUGAUGUUCAUGAAAAUCAGUUAGUUGGCUUAACCGAGAUUUAUUUGGUGAUCAUGGCACUAGUAUUAGGACGAAUUGGCUAUCUUCUGCUGAUGAAUAGAAAUCUUAAAAGCAUUCUAUCCUGCUCUGAGAGAAUUUGUGUCCAUGUAUUGAGAUGAUGAUAAGGAAAGGAUUGGGAAUGUUCCUUGCGAGCUCUAGCGUAGACGGUAGACUAGCAUUUCAGUUCACUAAAUCAGCAUUCCCUUUUCAGGUUUUGGGAUUAAAGAUGGAAAAGUUCUGCCUGCAAGGUAAAAUGUUUCAUUCUAAUGACUUGGGGGGAUGAACUGAAAGUACAGUAUCCGGUGACAUAUAGCUUAUGCUAAUGAUGUCACAACUCUCGACCAGGUCUAAUGGGGAUCUUCUGGGAAUGUACUUUGAGAAAGAGCAAUGCCCAGCUAAGCGGACUGGAAGAGAAGUGAAAAAGGAGAAGAGAUUGAAGAAGAUGGUCAACAGAAUCAGCAAAUUUCACGGUUGAUUUUUCUUUGUGGCCAGACAUUGUACACAUAACAAACAUAUUAUUGGCUAUUAUUUUUUUUA